UGAGAGUCUGGCGGCCUCUACCGGAGCGCCUCUGCAGAGGAACGUUCUUCAAUCCUAGAGACGACAUGUGGCGCUCAGGAGAGCACAUUGCAGAACAAGGAGUAGCUUGCUGGCUUUGAACGCGUGGCAAAUAUUCAGAAAGCUUCAAGAUCAAGUUGAAGAAAGGAACCGUUAUUCCAAAUUCAUCUGCGUCAACUAUUAUUCUCAUUGGGAAUGGACAAUGGAAUGUUUUCUAGCUUUAUCAUGAUCAAAAACCUCCUUCUCUUUUGUAUUUCCAUGAACUUAGCCAGUCACUUUGGCUUUUCACAAAUGCCAACCAGUUCAGUAAAAGAUGAGACCAAUGACAACAUCACAAUAUUUACCAGAAUCUUGGAUGGGCUCUUGGAUGGCUAUGACAAUAGACUGCGGCCUGGCCUUGGAGAGCGAAUCACUCAGGUGCGGACGGACAUCUACGUUACCAGCUUUGGCCCAGUAUCCGACACGGAAAUGGAAUAUACCAUAGAUGUGUUUUUCCGACAAAGCUGGAAAGAUGAAAGGCUUCGGUUUAAAGGGCCCAUGCAGCGCCUCCCUCUCAACAAUCUUCUCGCCAGCAAAAUCUGGACCCCAGACACAUUCUUUCACAACGGGAAGAAGUCCAUCGCCCACAAUAUGACCACGCCCAACAAGCUGCUGAGGCUGGAGGACGAUGGCACGCUGCUCUACACCAUGCGCUUGACUAUUUCUGCAGAAUGCCCAAUGCAACUUGAGGACUUCCCGAUGGAUGCCCAUGCUUGCCCUCUGAAAUUUGGCAGCUAUGCAUAUCCUAAUUCCGAAGUUGUCUAUGUGUGGACCAAUGGAACCACUAAGUCAGUGGUGGUGGCAGAAGAUGGCUCCAGGUUAAACCAGUACCACUUGAUGGGGCAGACAGUAGGCACUGAGAACAUCAGCACCAGCACAGGUGAAUACACAAUCAUGACAGCUCAUUUCCAUCUGAAGCGGAAGAUUGGGUACUUUGUCAUCCAGACCUACCUUCCCUGCAUAAUGACCGUGAUCUUGUCACAAGUGUCCUUUUGGCUGAACAGAGAAUCAGUCCCUGCCAGGACAGUGUUUGGGGUGACCACGGUGCUGACCAUGACGACCCUCAGCAUCAGUGCUCGGAACUCUCUACCCAAAGUGGCUUAUGCAACAGCCAUGGACUGGUUCAUAGCUGUGUGCUAUGCUUUCGUGUUCUCUGCGCUGAUUGAGUUUGCCACCGUCAACUAUUUCACAAAGAGAGGCUGGGCCUGGGAUGGCAAAAAAGCCUCAGAAGCAGCCAAGGUCAAGAAGAAGGAGCGGGAACUCAUACUAAGUAAGUCAACAAAUGCUUAUACUACUGGGAAGAUGACCCACCCCCCCAACAUCCCAAAGGAACAGACCCCAGCAGGGACCUCAAAUGCAUCUUCAGCCUCAGUAAAGCCUUCCGAAGAGAAAACUUCUGAAAACAAAAAGACUUACAACAGCAUCAGCAAGAUUGACAAAAUGUCCCGAAUUGUAUUCCCAGUCUUGUUUGGCACUUUCAACUUAGUUUACUGGGCAACAUAUUUGAAUAGGGAACCGGUGAUUAAAGGGGCUGCCCCUCCAAAAUAACUCACCAUACUCCCAAACUCCAGGAGAGCCAUACUUCCAGCAGAAUGGUUACCAAGGAGAGGUUGAACUCAGAGGGACUCCAUAUUCGGGCACUGUCUUUCAGGAAAUUUUUGCAUGUUUAAUAAUAUGUACAAAUAAUAUUGCCUUGAUGUUUCUAUAUAUAACGUCAGAUGUUUCAAAGAUGUCACAUUGAUAAACAAAGCAAACUACUUUCUAGAAAAACAGGAGACAAUGGCUCUGACACUCAGAUACUCAGUAUCUUACACUGAUAGUUUACAAACAAGAUAAGUAUAUUUUUAACUGUUCCAAGUGUUACCUAACAAUGUUUUUUAUACUUCAAAUGUCAUUUCAUACAAAUUUUCCCAGCAAAUAAAUAUUUUAGGAAAUGCUCCAUGAUAUUACUUGACCAACUCUCUUGGAAGAAACAUAGAUCACAAAGAGCACAUUUUUCAUUAAAAAGGAAACUGUGGGCAUUUAUGUACAAAACUAAUUGCCUUUGAUAAUUCUUACUGUUCUGAAAUUAGAAAGUACUGCAUGAUAUUACAUUAAGAAAUAGAUUAGGCAAAUAUUUAUGCAGAUAAAUUUAAUAACAAAUAUAUGAUAUGCUAGAUGAACAGAUAAAAUAUUUCCCCAGGGAAAAAUUUAACUGCUUAAAAAAAUCCUUUUUUUCUUUAUUUUGGAAAAGAAACAUUUCUUCCCACCCCCACCUCCCCAUCCAACUGAAUAAUGAUCAGUGAAAGAAAAGGAAAUGUUAAAACAAAAAGUUAUGUGAUGACAGUCUUGGCAUUUGGCCCAUGCAUUCACUGGCUGAAACAUUGACCACCUCUUGCUGCAGCCAGCGUGUAGUGCUUCAGUGGUGAGAAACUGUAAUUGAGUUAUUUUCCAUUUUAUUUCCUUGUACUUAUUUCAUGACUGACUAAUUGCUCUGUUAGCUUUUGUAUAUGAACCUUAAAUGUUCAUUAAAAAAUAAAAAAAAGAACUGAUCUUGUGGAUAAUGUCAUUGUUUGAAAAAAAAAUCCAUAUUUUGAUGGGCUCAUUGCCUAAAAAUGACAUAAAGAAAACCAAUCAUGAAAUUCCUUGCAAAAAAAAAAAAAAAAAAAACUCUUGGUGAUUCAUGUCUGUUUCAAUCUAAGUCUCUAGAGUACCAAAGAGAAAGCAAUUUCAACCACACGGUAAAUAGGUAAAACCAGAAGUUUUUUCCCAUACAUACAUCACAUGGGUCUCUCCUUGAUAGAACCUUCCCUGACAGUGUUCCCAAGCUGGGUGCUUGCUAUGGACAAGGUAACUGCUCAGUUCUUUCUCCUUCCUUUUGCUGUGUGUGAACAGUGAUGCCAAGUACUGCAUUUAGACCAUUUACUUACUGUUGGAGGAAGUAUCCAAGAAUAACGUGUAUAAAAUGAA